UAAAGCACUUUCUUUUAGUAUUUGGAGGAAGAGAAGAGAGAGGAAAAAUAGCACAGAUAUAUCGAUGAUGGACUUGUGGAAUAAUAUCUUGUGUCUAAUACUUGCCUUGGCAAUCAUCCCAGCUAUCCAUUCAAUCAUGAUCAGAUUCAAAUCCAGUUCCUACAACCUUCCCCCGGGACCAAAACCAUUACCAGUCAUCGGAAACCUCCACCAACUCGGUGACAAACCCCACAAGUCCCUGUCUGAGUUUGCCAAGCUCCAUGGCCCCUUAAUGAGCCUCAAGCUUGGUCAAGUCACAACCAUUGUGGUUUCUUCCUCUGCUGUGGCCAAACAAGUCCUUCAAACACACGACCAGUACUUGUCCAGCCGAACUAUUCCAGAUGCGUUCUAUGUUCACGGUCAUGAUAGCAAUGGUCUUCCAUGGAUUCCGGUCUCUGACCUGUGGAGAAGCCUUAGGAAGAUUUGCAAUACUCAACUGUUUGCAGUCAAAGUUUUGGAUACAAACCAAAAACUAAGGCGGAGGAAAGUGAAUGACCUUGUUGAGGAAGUGAAAAAGAGUAGCUUGAGUGGUGCAGCUGUGGAUAUUGGUAGCGUAGCUUUCACUACGUCACUUAAUUUGUUGUCUAACACAAUUUUUUCUAUAGAUUUGGCUGACAUGGAAUCGGAACUGGCUAGAGAUUUUAAGGAAAUCACUUGGAAUAUCAUGAAGGAGGGUGGUGCACCAAACUUGAGUGACUACUUCCCUUUGGUUAAGAAGAUUGACCCUUUGGGUAUAAGGCGUCGAAUGAAGAUUCACUUCAGUAGAAUAUUUCAACUUAUUGAGGGAAUUAUCAACCAAAGGUUGAAGCAAAGGGAGUGUUCGGACUCUGUUAAGAAUGCUGACGUAUUGGAUACCCUUCUGGACAUCAUGGAAGGAAACAACAACCAAAUCAAUCGACCCCAGAUACUACAUUUGUUAUUGGCUCUGUUCGUGGCGGGUACAGAAACGACAGCUGCCGCUCUUCAAUGGGCAAUGGCGGCCCUACUUCGUAACCCAGAAAUCUUAUCCAAAGCCAGAGCAGAACUCGACCAAGUCGUCGGAAAAGGAAACCCAGUUGAGGAAUCUGACGUUUCUCGGCUACCUUACUUACAAGCCGUAAUAAAAGAAACACUUCGACUAUACGCAUCGGGCGCAUUCUUGCUUCCUCGUAAAGCCGAAAGAGAUGUCGAAAUCAAUGGGUUCACAAUCCCAAAGGGUGCUCAAAUAUUGGUGAACAUAUGGGCUAUAAGCAGAGAUAAAGAGACGUGGGAUGAGCCAGAAUUGUUUAAGCCAGAGAGAUUCAUUGGGUCAGAAGUGGACGUUAAAGGAAGGAACUUUGAGCUGAUACCAUUCGGAGGUGGCAGAAGAAUAUGUCCUGGACUGCCUUUGGCGAUGAGGAUGUUGCCUUUAACAUUGGGAACCCUUAUCCACUCUUUUGAAUGGAAGCUUGAAAAUGGGCUUAAACCAGAGGAAGUUGAUAUGGAAGAUAAGUGUGGAAUCACUCUCCAAAUGGCUCACCCCUUAAGAGCUAUUCCAAGUCUUGCAUAAUCUUAAUAUUGGUUCAUAUAUAUACCAGUGCACGUCAUUCUUCA